UCGACCACAUCUCUAUUAUGCGUCCGAGAGUUCGAUCUAAGUGAUCCGAAACAGUUAGCUUUACAUAAGCUAUAUCGUCCUGAAAGAGUUACUCCGUCCAAAAGGGGUAUUGAACUACUGAAGACGCCCAGUCUCAAUAAGGGUAUGGCAUUCUCCUUGUACGAACGGCAGUACCUUGGAAUUCAUGGACUUCUUCCGCCUGCUUUCAUGACUGAAGAACAACAAGCUUAUCGUGUUAUGAAGAAACUUCGAGAUGAAGCUAAUGACUUGGAGAAGUUCAUCCACUUGGACAGUCUCCAAGACCGUAAUGAGAAACUUUUUUAUCGAGUACUAUGUGAUAACAUCAAAGAACUUAUGCCAAUCGUCUACACUCCGACUGUGGGGCUCGCAUGCCAGAAAUUUGGCUUUAUUUAUCGAAAUCCAAAAGGGCUCUACGUCACUAUUAAUGACAACUCGAUUAGCAAGAUCUAUCAAAUUCUGUCCAACUGGCCAUCGAAAAGUAUACAAGCGAUCGUUGUGACCGAUGGCGAAAGGAUAUUGGGUUUGGGAGACUUGGGUGCUUAUGGAAUUGGAAUUCCCGUAGGGAAGUUGUCACUGUAUGUCGCUUUGGCAGGGCUCCAUCCGCAAUGGUGCCUUCCAGUUCUCAUUGAUGUUGGUACUAAUAAUCAGACAAUGCUGAACGAUCCGUUUUAUAUUGGACUUCGAAGACCGCGAGUUCGUGGUCAAGAGUACGACACGUUAAUUGACAACUUCAUGAAGGCGUGCACAAAACGGUUUGGUCGUGAUACUCUAAUUCAAUUCGAGGACUUUGGAAAUCAAAACGCUUAUCGGCUUUUGGAUAGGUACAAAAACGAGUACUGCAUGUUUAAUGACGACAUACAAGGAACAGCAGCUGUUGUUGUAGCCGGAUUGCUAGCAACGACAAGGGUCACGAAGAAAAAGCUUUCGCAACAAAAGCUAGUGUUUUUCGGUGCAGGGGGGGCUGCGACCGGUGUGGCAGAGAUGUGCGUUCGCCAAAUGGUUGACGAGGGCCUGACGGAGGAGGAAGCGUUCGCUAACAUUUACAUGAUGGAUAUCGACGGUUUGCUUACAAAAAGCCGAUCCGUGAAUUUAUCAGAAAGACAUCUACACUUCGCAAAAGAUUUGCCUGAUACAAAAAGUCUAUUGGAAGUAGUGAAGACUGUAAGACCAGCAGGAAUUAUCGGUGCUUCAACGGUAGCUGGUGCCUUCACCGAGGAGAUUAUUCAGGAAAUGUCGAGAAUCAAUCCAAGGCCUAUCAUUUUCGCUCUCUCCAAUCCGACAAGCAAGGCUGAGUGCACUGCUGAGACAGCCUAUCGUUGCACAAAUGGUACUGUGCUUUUCGCCUCCGGUUCACCAUUUGAAAACGUGGAAUUAAACGGCAAACUAUAUAAGCCAGGGCAAGGGAACAAUGCCUACAUCUUUCCCGGAAUCGCACUGGGAUGCGUCUUAUUUAAAGCGAAAAGGAUUCCCGACAAAUUGUUCCUCCUUGCUGCCAGGAAGAUAGCGGAAGCCGUAACCGAAAAAUCACUCUACACUUACUCCAGACUUUAUCCACGAUUGAAGAGCAUCCGCGAACUAUCUAUUCAAAUAGCUGUUGAGGUCGGUGAGUACUUAUAUAGGCAUGACCUGGCGACAUUGCAUCCUAAACCUGAAGACAUGGAAAUGUUCAUACGACAACAGGUGUACUCGGUUGAAUAUACAGAUUUGAUAAAUAAGACGUACAUGUGGCCAGGGAAGGAUAUGAAGCAUGGAUUUCCUGUGCCAGUAUUGCAAAGGUCGUCGAUGGAUGAUGAUGAAUAA